ACGUGCCGCGAAAAUGGAAUGGACAUUACCUUGCGUUCUUAAUUGCUUCUCUUUCUAUUUCUUUGUAGCCCCAACUGUAAUCGUACCUUCGCCAUGACUGGGGAGAAAAUCAUUAUUAGUGUCCGUUUCUUCUGACGUGACCUUCAUUCCCUCCAUUUCCACUCCUUUUAAGCCAUGGCCUCUCGGUGAUCUUUACAGAAAAUUAGGGUUUAUUCACAUAGAGUCUGUGUUCUGGGGCGGGGAAUCCGGUGUUUUGAGCAGAGAACUUGGUUUCGUGGGGAAUAUGGAUUUUCCAGUGGCUAGUUUUUUCCUGUAGAAAUUCACAUUCUGCAGAUAAUCAGGGGUUUUGAGCUACUAUCUAUUAGCAGAGAUCUGAGCAUUGUGGAAAGAAUUUGACAUUUUGCUGAGGUUGGGCACUUUACGGUGAAUUAGGGCUGUUCAGGUACUGGUUUUUACUUGGAGAAUUGGAGGAAUUGGCAUUUUGUUUAGAAUUAGGAUAUUUUGGGAGGCUAGGGUUUCGCAGAGCUUGGAGCGUGGAUGGAAAUGGAGAAUUAUAUUGGAGACUCUGAAACGAGUGAUAAAAGAGAUGAGAUGGAGAAGAACAAAGUGGGAUUGCUAAGGGCUUUGGUCGAGGCUCAAGAUCCAACUGCUAAGGAUGUUGACAAUCUUAUGCUUAGAAGAUUUCUGCGUGCUCGUGAUUUAGAUGUCAAAAAGGCAUCUAUGAUGUUCCUAAAAUACUUAAAAUGGAGGCGUGCAAUGACACCUAAUGGUUACAUCUCUGAGGCAGAUAUCCAGAAUGAACUUGCACAAGAAAAGCUUUAUAUGCAAGGGAGGGACAAGAAAGGAUGCCCCAUAGGAGUCAUAUUUCCCAGUAAACACAAAUGUUGUCAGAGAGAUCUCGAUGAGUUGAAGAAAUUUGUAGUUUAUUCUCUCGACAAGUUAUGUGCCAGCAUUCCUGAAGGUCAGGAAAAGUUUGUCAUUAUUGAAGACCUCAAAGGAUGGGGCUAUGCAAAUUUUGAUAUCCGUGCAUAUGUUGCAGCCCUCAAUAUAAUGCAGGGUAUGCUGAUGGUUAUGUUGAAAGAUGAAUGGAGUUUUUUGAAAGUGGCCCUCAGUGGUUCAACCUCGGGAUUGUUACCCAGAGCGGCUCCGCAAGGUCUUCCUGAUCCAUGUGCCUUACAUCUUCUUGACUGCGUGGAAAAUUAUCUACCCAUUUAUUGAUAAGAACACACGAAAGAGGAUUGUUUUUGUUGAAAAUAAAAAUCAGCAGUCAGUGCUGCUGAAUGAAAUUGACGAAAGCCAGCUUCCUGAGAUAUAUGGAGGAAAAUUACCCCUGAUUCCUAUUCAAGAUUCAUCUUACUAGCUCUACCUUUAAAAUCUGGAGAGUAAAAACAUCCUUAACUGUGCUGGUAUGUACAAUAUUCUUGUAGUUCUAAUAAUGCCAUGAUAGGAGUGUUAAUCUUAGUAUGCAUAGCCACAAGCCCUUCAUCUCCUUACCCGCUAAACUUUCUCUCUUUCUUUUAAUGGUACCAUCUAAACUUGCCAAGAGUGUUGAUCCCUUUCCCCUUCACAAGAAGAAAAAAGGGCAAAGCAAAGUACUGUUCCUGAAGUUGAGAGUGGAAGAACCUUAUUUAUUUACCUUUUAGAAUCUAUUUGAUUCUAGAUGUAUCUUUCUAAGAAGAGGCUUUGUGAUCCUAAUAAUUAUGGGUUGUUUAGCUUGAGCUCUUGUUCAUUGGUAUUAGGUCUCUGUGAAUCUUUAUGCCCUAGUUUGGUUGUGGCAUCAGUAUUUUGCUUAGGGCACGUUUGGUUUAUGUGAAAAUACUCUUGUAUAUAAGCAUUCAAAUCACAUAAUUCUCUUUUGAAUGUGCUAAUA